AAACUGCUUAGUAAUAGUAAUUGAACAUUCGAAAGUGAACAUGUUUCUUACUUACUUGAGCUGUUAAAUGUUCAGUUUGUUGGUUUAGUUGCUAAAAGACCGAUCAAGCACUUCAGAAGAUCACACUUUAGCUCUCGUCUCAAUAUCUACGAAAAUAAAUAUUAAAUAAGGGCAUUUUCAUUGUGCUGUUGACGACGUAUAAAAUACAAGAGACAAGCAACAAGAAACCAGCCAAAGAAACAAGCCAAAAUAUCUGGGAAGAACAAUGAAAGCUGCAACUGCAAUUGUUUUUUUUACAAUUUUUAUUUCUCUUUGCAAAGUUCCCACAUCAUGUUCCUCAAUGACAAGAUUUUCAACUGAUAUGCCAUUCAACAUAUCUUCUACUAAAAGCGACACUGCUUCUGCCUACAAGAAUGAAGAAGACAUCGGAAAAAGCUUGAAAACAUUCUUACCAAAAUAUGGUCUUAAAAGAUCUGACAUAUUCAUAACUAGCAAGCUUGACACUGCUUCUGCCUACAAGAAUGAAGAAGACAUCGGAAAAAGCUUGAAAACAUUCUUACCAAAAUAUGGUCUUAAAAGAUCUGACAUAUUCAUAACUAGCAAGCUUGACACUGCUUCUGCCUACAAGAAUGAAGAAGACAUCGGAAAAAGCUUGAAAACAUUCUUACCAAAAUAUGGUCUUAAAAGAUCUGACAUAUUCAUAACUAGCAAGCUUGACACUGCUUCUGCCUACAAGAAUGAAGAAGACAUCGGAAAAAGCUUGAAAACAUUCUUACCAAAAUAUAAUCUUAAAAGAUCUGACUUAUUCAUAACUAGCAAGCUUGACACUGCUUCUGCCUACAAGAAUGAAGAAGACAUCGGAAAAAGCUUGAAAACAUUCUUACCAAAAUAUAAUCUUAAAAGAUCUGACUUAUUCAUAACUAGCAAGCUUGACACUGCUUCUGCCUACAAGAAUGAAGAAGACAUCGGAAAAAGCUUGAAAACAUUGUUACCAAAAUAUGGUCUUAAAAGAUCUGACGUAUUCAUAACUAGCAAGCUUGACACUGCUUCUGCCUACAAGAAUGAAGAAGACAUCGGAAAAAGCUUGAAAACAUUGUUACCAAAAUAUGGUCUUAAAAGAUCUGACGUAUUCAUAACUAGCAAGCUUGACACUGCUUCUGCCUACAAGAAUGAAGAAGACAUCGGAAAAAGCUUGAAAACAUUGUUACCAAAAUAUGGUCUUAAAAGAUCUGACAUAUUCAUAACUAGCAAGCUUGACACUGCUUCUGCCUACAAGAAUGAAGAAGACAUCGGAAAAAGCUUGAAAACAUUGUUACCAAAAUAUGGUCUUAAAAGAUCUGACGUAUUCAUAACUAGCAAGCUUGACACUGCUUCUGCCUACAAGAAUGAAGAAGACAUCGGAAAAAGCUUGAAAACAUUGUUACCAAAAUAUGGUCUUAAAAGAUCUGACAUAUUCAUAACUAGCAAGCUUGGUUAAAUUUAGUCCCCGUCGUAAAGAAGGAUUUGGCCUAACUGACGGUGAGAUGUUGGAGAGAUUGUGGGCUUACAUUCGCAAAUUUAGCAGAAUGACUAAAGAAAUGCGUCCAAGUCACAGAGUUGAUGUACAAAGUGGUAGCCUCCUUUCACGAUGGCAUGCAGACAGAGUCCAGGAAAGUGGGAGACAUCAGACCCAUUUCCUGUGAAGAAGGGUGUGAAGCAAGGUUCUGUUCUUGUCCCCACUCUCAGCAUAAGGACAUUUGGGACUGGAAACUAGAUUCAAGCUUCACAUAACAAUAAAGCAAAAGAAGUUAGUGAAGUCAAAAUUACGAAUGUGCUGAAGUUGCUGUUAUCAAACGAAAUAUAUCAAAUCAAAAAAAGACAAAAAUAUGUACCGAGAAUUGAAAUGUCAUGAAUUGAAAUGACGUUGAAAGUCAUCGUGAAAAUAUACCUGAGUUUCAGAAUGAUUAUUUUUGGCUGUAUAUGAGUGAAUUCUGGAGACUUCUUUCAUCGCGCAUCUUAAAACGAUUAGUGAAUGCAGAUAACAUUAAAUAUAAUGACAAUAAUGUUUGAAGGUGAAAAA